CACGAAAUUCGCUCGUUUUUUCGAUGUAGUGGUGUUCGUAGAUAGAUUUCUGUGAUACAGUGCGUAUGUGUGUAUCGGUCUUUCCUUUCAAUGAAAUUUCUGCAACACUUUACAAGUUCGAACGUGCCUGUGGCCUUUCCAGUGAACUAUUGAUCUACCCCGCCCCUCUCUAAGCUAAUCUACUACGUGUGAGAUGGCGCGUCACUGACCUCGAUUCUCAGAAUCAUUUUGGCAAUAACAUCGGCGUUGAAUACUAAUUUAACUCUUAUGUGAGUGAACUCAGAUGAAACUAAAAGAAUUCACAUCGCUAUUCCUGCAACACACGCAACUGACGCGACGCCAUCUGACACCGGAACUAGCAUUGCGUCUGAUAACACGCGAGUGCCCGCUGUGGGCCGCACCGGUGACCCUUUCGCCAUUUACCGACCCAUACUGGGGCUUCUAUUGGCCAGGGGGACAGGCUGUUGCUAGGUAUGUAUUAGAUAAUGAGAAAGUAGUCAAAAAUCGUAAUAUCUUAGAUGUAGGAUGCGGUUGCGGGGCUGGAGCAAUAGCGGCCGCGAAGAUGAACGCAAAACGAGUGGUUGCCAACGAUAUUGACACAUACGCAUUAGAAGUAACAAAGAUCAAUGCUGAUUACAAUGAUGUUAAACUGGAAACAAAUGCAAAUAACUUUAUUGGCGCGAAAUGUGACGAAUUUGACGCCAUCUUGAUUGGAGACAUGUUCUAUGAUGAAGAUUUUGCUAGAAUUUUGUUCGACUGGUUAAGUGAAUUGACGAAUAAAGGAAAAACUGUGCUUAUUGGAGAUCCAGGUCGGCACGGCCUGACGGAGAGCAGACGAAAUCAGAUGUCCUUAAUAGCGCGAUACAAUCUACAAGAACAGAGUUGCAUGGAAAACAACGGUUUUACUGAGACUACUGUUUGGAAAUUAAAAAAAUAUGUAAUUUGCAAAUGUAUUUUAUUUAAAUAUAUAUUCAAACUCCUUAUUCCUGACCCCUAAGUUGCUCACAUCAUUUAAACAUAUUCACAUAGCAUUCAUUCAUAUUCAGUUCAUACAAAUAUAAAAGUUUGCGACCUUAUAUCAUUAUCUUCGAAUAAAACAGGGCAUAUAUUUAACUCAAUUCCUUAUAAUAGAAGUAAAAUUCAUGCAUCUUCUGUUAAAUUUGAUAUAAGUGAAGAAAUAAAAAUCGACAAUAUAUUACUAAAAUUAAAUUUUAUUUUUCAUUACAUUUAUUAAACACAAUGUUAAAGGCACAAUCAUAGUCGUUGUACAAAAAUAACUAUAUAAUUAAUAAUACAUUCCAUACUAAAAUCUCCUUAAAAUAAAACAAUAAUUUUGUACUUAUUAUAUGUUUUUACAACUGGAACUAAUUCUAAAGGCAGUUUUAAAUCAUUACAUUAUCUAACAUUCAAAAUAUGUACAUUAUAAUGUUACUCAUUACUUUGUUUUAUAAAAAUAAAUUCUAAGGUACUCUGCUGUUUUAUAUUCAGUUUAAGAUUACAGUGGAAUGUGUAUUUUUUUUUCUUAA